AUGAAUGAACGUGAUGUACUUAAAUAUUUGUUAGUUUUAAAUGUGUUAUUUCUAGUCAGUGCACAGAGAGCCAGAUUUAUCUUCAACAAUAAGGAUGAUAAUAAUGAUGAUGAUGAUGCUGAUGUAGCAAUCAUUAAGGGAGCAGUUAGUUUAGGACGUGAAAUAACUGGUUUCUUGUUCGGGGGUAGAUCUCCACGACGUAGAACAACCGUCAAACCCAUGGAAACCCCGCAUUUGAAUGGAGGAGUAAACGGAAUAUCUACCACAGCUGCUGGAGCGGGAGCGCAAAGCGUAAAUCAGCAUGGACAAAUGGGAAUAUCAGCGUCUGCGGCCAAUGCUCAAGCGGCUACCGUGAAUAGCGGUCAUGCUGGGCUCGGUGGUUCAGCGGCGAGUGCAGGGGCAAACUCAAUAUCUAGUCAAUUACCUGGUGGACAAAAUGGAUUUACGGGUAGCGCAUCCGGAGCGGUUGCUAACACCCAGACAGUCAACGGAGGAUUUGGAGGCUCUAGUAUCACCGCGUCGGGAGCAAGCGCCAACUCAGUAAAUACAGCUGAUGGACAAACCGGUAUAUCGGCCUCGGCAGCUAAUGCUCAAUCAAGUAGUAUCAACUCCGGAUAUCCUGGGUUUGGAUUUUCGGCAUCGAACUCAGGUGCCAGCUCCGUUAAUCACGGUUUUGGGUCCCAUCUCGGAGGCUCGGGAAUCAGCUCGGCAGCUGCAAAUGCUCAAACAGCAAGUAUAAACUCUGGCGGUUUUGGAGCUUCAGCAGCUAAUGCUAAUGCCAACAGCAUCAACCAACAAAUUGGGGGAUUCGGUUCAUCUGCCUCCAAUGCGAAUGCUAAUAGCUUCACGCACGGGUUAAGCUCCAAUGGUUUUCAAAGCAGCGCCGCCAACGCGCAAUCGAAUUCGUUCCAGAAUACAAGCCCAUUAGGAUCAUUUGGUGCUUCCAAUUCUGCAUCACAUUCGCAAUCGUUUUCUGUCGGUGCAGGCGGUAUCUCCGGAUCUGCGGCAGUCUCCGGCAGUCAAACUUAUCGUGUUCCCUAUCACAAGGAUCUAACGUUAUCAUAUUCUAGUGGGUUUUCAACUGCAGGCUCUGGUCGAAACCCAUCAACAGCGAACGGUAGCUCGUUUACGUUCAGCUAA